CCAUAGCGUCAACCUCCGUGACGUCAUGCGUCCAAGGCUGGGCGGAAGUUGCGUGCCCAGCAGGCUGUCAUCUGUUAUUGGAGCUGUUACAGUAGCCGCCUGAUGCCCUAAAAAACAAGUGAAAUUCAUAUUUAAAAGCGUCACCAAGUGCAAGUCAAACUAGCUCCUAUAGGAAUAUGGAUGACGACGUGCUGACGACUCUGAAGCUGUUGAUAAUUGGCGAAAGUGGAGUCGGAAAGUCCAGUCUCCUCCUGAGGUUCACAGAAGAUACCUUUGACCCAGAGCAAUCAGCGACAAUAGGUGUGGAUUUCAAAGUAAAGACAGUCGCAAUAGAUGGGAACAAAGCAAAGCUCGCCAUAUGGGACACAGCCGGACAGGAAAGGUUUCGCACUCUGACACCCAGCUACUACCGCGGUGCACAGGGAGUCAUACUUGUAUAUGACGUCACAAAGCGCGAGACUUUUACCAAGCUCGACAACUGGCUGAAUGAACUGGAAACCUACACAACACGCAAUGACAUUGUGAAGAUGCUGGUUGGGAACAAAAUUGAUCAGGACGACCAUGAAGUGGACAGAAACGAGGGGCUGAAAUUUGCUAGGAAACACUCUAUGCUUUUUAUUGAGGCCAGUGCAAAGACCAAAGAUGGUGUCCAGUGUGCCUUUGAGGAGCUUGUGGAGAAGAUCCUCCAGACUCCGGGGCUCUGGGAGAGUGAAAACCAGGGUCAGAGGGUGCGUCUGGGGGACCAGGAGCAGGCCCGUGGCAGGGCAUGUGGAGGAUACUGUUCCAUACCCUGAAACUGAACCAAAAGAAAAAGCACCAACCUGAUAGGAAUGACUACGGACCAGAAACAGAGAGAAAGAGAGGGAACUGGAUGAGUUUAUUGUUGGAGUAGUUCCAUCAGUCGAAAGGACUUUGCUGUUUGCACACUUCCUUUUCAGACAUCAUCUGUCACUACUUUCUGUUUAAAACAUGAAUGAAAGGAUCAUACAAAAAUAGCCUCUUGCCUAAGGAAGUAUAGUGUUUUAAAUUGACAUAACCAUGCCAAGUACGUCAUAAGAGUACAUGUCUGGUUUGAAUAUAGCUUAUUUGCAGCAGUGAUUCUGCUGUACAUUAAGGCAUCAGGUUAAUAGCAUAGUGCCUAUUACAUGAACCAAUUUGUAGGUUACAGUACAUAGCUUGUCAAAUUCUACCCAAAAUAACUUAUUAUAGUCAAUACAGAUAUCCCCUCAAGUUCCCUGCUUAUGCUUUGUGAGCUGUAAAUGUUAACUUCUAUGUAGCUGCAAAGUACAAAAUGUUCUUCAAGUUCAUAUAUAACACAUCACUUGGAUUGAGGAUAGUGGUGGAAGAGCCUUGUUGUUGGAGUGGGAGUGAUCUGUCAUUAUGCACCACAACACUGUGAAAGCUCCACAAUGGACCCCAGUUACUCACACCAGUUCAUUUUUUUACUGUUAAUCCAGUUUUUAUUCGUUUGAUGGUGAUUUCCAUCAAAUUCAGUGCUUCAGAACGUAUAGAGGCUUUCAAAUAAACAGAUUUCCUGUUUUUUCUGUUUUUCCUCGAUUACAGGGAAAUAUGCAAGACAAGUAACCAUCUUUUGUCUUUUAGGAUGUCCUACAACCAAACCUGUCUUUGUCUUUGCAUGUCUGAUCUGGACCAUAACUUUCACAGCUACAAGUGUAAGGUUUAAAGUAAUAAGAGCUCUUACAAUAAAAUAGGCUCUUUUACUCACUUGAGUUCAUUUUUUCUUUUUGCCUGAUCUGGCAAAAUGGCAAGCAGUUUGUUUUUUAAGCUUGUUUUCUCCCCAUUUAUUUAGCCAUUUCUGUGUGGUGCUGUGGUCCAUAUAAUGUCCCACUGACUUAAUGAAGGCAUUACUCACAUCUAUAGUAUAAGAGCAUUCCUAAGAGCUUUGUUCCUUCCUUCCUGUCUAAAGUAUAGUAUGGAUUUGAUGUAUCGUUGCUAUUUGUUUGAAUUCCUUUUUUCUUGUUUAAAAUCAUGUUGACCUUGCUGUACUUUUUCCUGUUGCGUUUGCUGUGCGCCUUUUAUGAUUUAAGUAAGCAAUAUGUUACAUUAAUAUCUGCCUUAAAAUUGAAUGACAUGUGCUAGAGUUAUGGUCCAGUAACGCUUGUAUUAUUUCAAACUGAAAUAAAUGACAACCUCAAGAGAU